UCCACCGCCUUGUGCUUCAUUCCAGUGCACAAGCCGAGCGAAACAAGACGGUUUACGCGGCAGCCAAAGCCGAUAAAUUCGCUCAGGGAAUACAUAUCUAUAAACCGCGGCUCUCUCCUUAUAGGAAUACCACUUGACGCACGUGAGCGUGCACGUAUGGGACUAUACAGCAUGAUCCUGACAGCACUGCCGCUAUCUCUGCCUCUGCUCUGACUAUAGAGAAAGUGCUUGGAUCUCCCGGAGAAGGUUGGCAUUUCCAUUUUUUCUUUCUUUUUUGUUACCGAGUAUCAUCCAAACGCUGCUGGAAAUAUUCUCCGGAUGGUGACCACGGGCUGGACUACCUGUUUUCAGUGCAUUCGCUCAAUGCGAGGGGAAGGGACCGUGAGACUUGCGCCUGUUGUCUUUUCCCUGGUUUAAUAAGGCACUUUGGAAAUCACUGAAAAGGGGAGAAGGGUUGAAAUAUUUUAUAUCAAAGGCGAUAUUUGAUCUGAACUCUCACCUCUAUGUGUUUUGGUGAAUGGAGGUAACUCUGGUCCUGGAGGUUUGACACAGCGGGGACCGGGACGGGACUGGGUGCGUGGAGCGUCGGAUCACCCAGGAUUGUAUUCCUUCCUCACUCUCUCUGCCGUGGGUCUAUUUACAUGUCCGACCUGACCGCUUUAUGACAAUGGAUUACUUUCUGCUUUUAUGUAGCCUCUUGCUGCCUGUGGUGUCUGCCGUGGAAGAGACGUUGAUGGACACAAAGUGGGCCACGACAGAACUGGCUUGGACUGCACAUCCUGAGACUGGGUGGGAAGAGGUCAGUGGCUACGACGAUGCCAUGAACCCCAUCCGGACGUAUCAAGUCUGCAAUGUACGUGAGCUCAACCAAAAUAACUGGCUACGUAGCGACUUCAUCCCGCGAAAAGAUGUACUGCGCGUAUAUGUGGAAAUGAAAUUCACAGUGCGUGACUGCAACAGCAUUCCCAACAUCCCUGGUUCCUGCAAAGAAACAUUUAACCUCUUCUACUAUGAGUCUGACUCGGAUUCAGCUACGGCUACCAGCCCUUUCUGGAUGGAGAACCCUUAUGUGAAGGUUGACACCAUCGCCCCAGAUGAGAGUUUUUCCAUGCUCGAGUCUGGACGGGUAAACACGAAAGUCAGAAGUUUUGGCCCGCUGUCCAAAGCUGGCUUCUACUUGGCCUUCCAGGAUCUCGGUGCUUGCAUGUCGCUCAUCUCAGUCAGAGUGUUUUAUAAGAAGUGCUCCACCACAAUCGCCAACUUUGCCGUAUUUCCCGAAACGGCAACGGGGGCUGAAGCGACAUCGCUGGUGAUAGCCCCAGGAACUUGUGUCCCCAAUGCCUUGGAGGUGUCUGUGCCGCUGAAGCUUUAUUGCAACGGAGAUGGGGAGUGGAUGGUUCCUGUAGGAGCCUGUACCUGCAUGGCUGGUUUUGAACCGGCCAUGAAGGACACCCAGUGUCAAGCUUGCAGCCCUGGCACCUUCAAGUCCAAACAGGGGGACAGUUUGUGCUUGCCCUGCCCAGCCAACAGCCGUGCCAGCUCGGGAGCAGCCAGUGUUUGCUCCUGUCGAAACGGUUAUUACCGCGCAGACACAGAUUCUCCCGACUCCACCUGCACUACCGUUCCAUCUGCCCCACGCAGCGUCAUCUCCAGCGUCAACGAAACCUCGCUCGUGCUGGAGUGGAGCGAGCCUCGUGACCUGGGCGGCCGCGAUGAUGUCCUCUACAACGUCAUCUGUAAGAAGUGCCUCCCCGACCGGGGAAUGUGUUCGCGCUGCGACGACAACGUGGACAUCUCACCGCGCCACCUGGGAUUGACCCAGCGGCGUGUGGCGGUCCGGAACCUGCAAGCCCACACACAGUACAGCUUCGAGAUCCAGGCGGUCAACGGCGUUUCCAACAAGAGCCCCUAUACGCCCCAGUUCUCCGCCGUGAACAUCACCACAAAUCAGGCCGCUCCCUCUGCAGUGCCCACAGUUCACCUGAUGGCGGCCACAGCGAGCACCAUGAGCCUGUCCUGGCUGCCUCCAGAGAAGCCCAACGGAAUCAUUCUGGAUUAUGAGAUUAAGUACCAUGAGAAGGAUCAGGGUGAGGCCAUUGCCCAUACCAUGACUGCCCAACGGAGCAACGCCCGCAUUGAAGGUCUUAAGGCUGGUACGCCUUACGUGGUCCAGGUCCGCGCUCGAACAGUCGCUGGUUACGGUCGCUACAGCAGCCCAGCCGACUUCAGCACCAACCUCCAAACUGACCCCCCAAAGUCGCUGCAGGAACAGCUGCCGCUCAUCGUUGGAUCAGCCACCGCCACCUUAGUCUUCAUCAUUGCAGUUGUGGUCAUCGCUAUUGUCUGCCUGAGAAAGCAGAGAAACGGUUCAGAGUCAGAGUACACAGAGAAACUGCAGCAGUACAAAUCCCCAAUAGUAACGCCGGGAAUGAAGGUCUACAUUGACCCCUUCACCUACGAGGACCCCAAUGAGGCAGUGCGCGAGUUUGCCAAGGAGAUCGAUGUGUCCUGCGUGAAGAUCGAGGAGGUCAUUGGCGCAGGUAACCCACCAAAGCUCCUGAGCUACAGGGGGAAGACUGCUAGUCACCUCCAGGCCAUACCAUUAGAGGACUUCACACCAAGCGGAGAGUUUGGGGAGGUGUGUCGCGGUCGCCUAAAGCUGCCCGGGCGCCGGGAGAUCAUCGUAGCCAUCAAGACUCUCAAGGUGGGCUACACCGACAGGCAGAGGCGAGACUUCCUAUCUGAAGCUUCCAUCAUGGGCCAGUUCGACCACCCCAACAUUAUCCGCCUGGAAGGUGUGGUCACCAAAAGUCGUCCGGUGAUGAUUGUGACCGAGUUUAUGGAGAAUGGAGCACUGGACUCUUUUCUGAGGCUCAAUGAUGGGCAGUUCACAGUGAUCCAGCUGGUAGGCAUGCUCCGUGGGAUCGCAGCAGGCAUGAAGUACCUGUCAGACAUGAACUACGUGCACAGAGACUUGGCUGCCCGUAACAUCUUAGUUAACAGUAAUCUGGUGUGUAAGGUAUCUGACUUCGGCCUGUCUCGUUUCCUUGAGGAUGACCCCACAGAUCCAACCUACACCAGCUCACUGUAUUUCAUGCUCACCUACUCAUUCGCAUAUCCACAGGGAGGGAAGAUCCCCAUUCGCUGGACCGCUCCAGAGGCAAUCGCCUACAGGAAGUUCACCUCUGCCAGCGACGUCUGGAGCUACGGCAUCGUCAUGUGGGAAGUUAUGUCGUAUGGCGAGCGGCCGUACUGGGACAUGAGCAAUCAAGAUGUGAUAAAUGCCGUGGAGCAGGACUAUCGACUGCCCCCACCCAUGGACUGCCCGACGGCUCUGCACCAGCUCAUGUUGGACUGCUGGGUGAAAGAAAGGAACCUACGACCUAAAUUCACCCAGAUCGUGGCCACGUUGGAUAAGCUUAUUCGCAAUGCUGCCAGUCUCAAAGUAGUCACCAACAGCACACAGUCCUCGGGGGUUUCUCAGCCCUUGCUUGACCGCUGUGUGCCAGACUAUACCACUUUCACCACUGUGGGGGACUGGCUGGAUGCCAUCAAGAUGAGCCGCUACCGUGACAACUUUGUCAACGCAGGAUUUGCUUCCUUUGACCUGGUGGCCCAGAUGACAGCAGAGGACCUGCUGCGGAUAGGGGUUACAUUGGCUGGCCAUCAGAAGAAAAUUCUUGGUAGCAUUCAGGACAUGAGACUACAGAUGAACCAAACACUUCCUGUCCAGGUGUGAGUGAGAAGACACGCAAACCGAUGCAGUCGAAGGACAGCCAGACGGAAAAAGGGGGAGAAACUGUGCCAGAGAUUGCCACUGGAAAACCCUAGCUGCCUGACCCAUCUCUGCCAAUUAGACACUACGAAACUGGCUUGCAGUGCCUCUGAAUAUUUUUUCUUUCUUUAUUUCAUUACCACUUACAUUUCCUGUUUCUGC